AUGAACAUGCAGUAUACUGAAAAUGACAACACUAAAAUUGGUCAUGAUACUUCUCUUUUCUUGACCGAUAACGAGAAAUGUAAUGCUGCCGUGAACAUUCUUCUCGGCGUCGGCUCAGAGAUGGACCUGGGCCCCGCCUGGCUCCUCUCCUCCUCCUCUCCUCUCCUCUUCCCACUUCACUCAUCGCCCGCGUCCGCCGCGCGCCGCCGAGCGCCGCCCCCCUGCCGCCGCCGCCGCGCGUCCCGCGCCAUGCUGCGCGCCGCCUCUUCCCUCUCCCUUCCCUCUCCUCAUGCCGGGCCACGCGGUCCCCGCCCCACGUGCCGCUGCCCGCCGCAGCCCGCGAUCGCAAGCCGCAGCCACCGCACCCCGCUACGCACGAGCCGCCGGCCCGCGGCCCGCGUUGCUCGCCCCUGCCGCGCCUCGCUCGCCCACCUGUCCGCCGCGCCCCGCGCCGAGCUUCGGGCGCCUCCUGCCCGCCGCGCCCGCUGUCCGCUCCCAACGGCCCGGCCCGUCGCCGCGUCACGCGCGCCCCGCACUCGCGCCGCUGCACCACGGCCCGGCGGCUCGCCCCUGCCCGUGCCCCACGCUCUGCCACCUGUUCCAAAACUGAAGAUUCAUUAG